AAUAUUCACCACGAAUCAUGCUCAUCACUUCAUCACCUCCCUCUCUCUAUAUAUUCCACGGCACAACCGUUCACUUUCCCUCCCACUUUCACAGAACAAUAAUCACACCUACAACACUAAUAAUCAUCAACAUCCCCGGCUGGCCCCCAAUCUCCCACUAUAUAAAGCCCAUCGUCCCACUUCCUAGUUCAAACCAUAAAAGGAAACAACCUCAAAGCAAAGAAGAACAAAACACCCACCUCCUCUACCCUACUCCAUGGAAACUGCUACUCAGAUCGACAGCUUUUGGCUGCUAGUUCUAGCCUCCAAAUGCAAAGCCCUCUCCAACUCCUACCAAACCGUUCUCCUCCUCCUCUUCCUCUCCACGGCCUGGCUGGCCGUCGCACUUUACCACUGGGCCAGCCCUGGCGGCCCAGCCUGGGGCGCCCUGCGUCUCCGAGCCCAAAAGAAGAAGAAGAAGUCGAACACGUGUCACAUCCCCGGGCCGCGAGGGCUCCCUGUGGUGGGAAGCAUGAGCCUCAUGACCAACCUGGCUCACCACAAGCUAGCCGCGGCGGCCACGCGUCACAAGGCCGAGAAGCUCAUGGCCUUCAGCUUGGGAGAGACCCGAGUCAUCAUCACGUCUAACCCGGACGUGGCCAAAGAAAUCCUGACCAGCUCGGCUUUCGCGGACCGGCCGGUCAAGGAGUCGGCCUACCAGCUCAUGUUCAGCCGGGCGAUCGGGUUCGCUCCAUACGGUGCGUACUGGACCACUCUGAGGAGGAUUGCGGCCACCCACAUGUUCUGCCCGAAGCAAAUCGGCUCGACCGCGGGUCAGAGGUUCCGAAUCGCUUCCCAGAUGGUUUCGUUGAUUAAAGGUGGUCGAGGGGAGAAGGGGUUUCGGGUCAGGGAAUUUUUGAAGGGUGCUUCGCUGAACAACAUGAUGUGCUCGGUUUUCGGGCGUGAAUACGAGCUGGGCGAGUCGAGUUUCGAGACUGAACAGCUGAGGGAGCUGGUCGAGGAAGGGUACGAGUUGCUAGGGAAGCUCAACUGGUCCGACCAUCUGCCCUGGCUGGCUGGGCUGGACCUGCAGGGAAUCCGGUUCAGAUGCUCCAAUUUGGUCCCAAAGGUGAAUCGGUUCGUGAACCGUAUCAUCGCGGAACACAGAAAGCAGUCCAACAAUGUUCAGAAACCAACCACUCGAGAUUUCGUCGACGUUCUGAUCUCGCUUGACGGUCCUGAUAAGUUGUCAGAUCACGAUAUGGUUGCGGUCCUCUGGGAAAUGAUAUUUAGAGGAACGGACACGGUGGCGGUUUUAAUCGAGUGGAUACUAGCGAGAAUGGUUCUCCACCCUGAAAUCCAAGCAAAAGUGCAAGACGAGCUGGAUCGUGUGGUGGGCAAAUCCAGGCCGUUGAUGGAAUCCGACAUUCCAUCGAUGGUUUACCUACCAGCUGUUGUGAAGGAAGGCCUCAGGCUCCACCCUCCCGGCCCACUUCUGUCAUGGGCCCGUUUGGCGACUACCGACACCACGAUAAACGGCCAUGACGUCCCCGCUGGAACCACAGCUAUGGUUAACAUGUGGGCUAUCACGAGGGAUCCAGAGAUAUGGGCCGAGCCCCUGAGGUUCAGCCCGGACCGAUUCUUGGCCGGUGGUGGAAUGGAGGCCGAGUUCUCGGUUAUGGGAAGCGACCUGCGGCUUGCUCCGUUUGGAGCUGGUCGACGGACGUGUCCCGGCAAGGCACUGGGUUUUGCGACCGUCGUGUUUUGGGUCGGCACGCUGUUGCACGAGUUUGAAUGGGUUAAUGGUUCGGAGAACGGCCCGGUGGAUCUAUCCGAGAAAUUGAGGUUGUCAUGCGAAAUGUCGAACCCGCUUAUGGUGAAAGUGAAGCCCAGGAGAUCAUCAGUAAUAUAAUCGAAAAAAUAAGGUAUCGAAGUUAGUAUCAAACUCCUACCACAUGUGUUAGACAAAAAAAAUGUAAAUAUGUGUCAUGUUACUUCUAGUUUGUUUGGUUAGCUUCAUGUUAUCCAUAUAUCUAUGUUUUGUAGCGUCCGAUGUUAUUAUAUACAGUAUAAUGACUAUAUAUGUGAUGGAUGUCUACUGUUGGGUGAGUGAGUGAGUUAGCUACUUUGCUGGUUUCAUGAACAAUUUCAACAUGUGCCAGUUA